AUGAAUAUUAAGAAUUCUAUUAAAUUUGCUUCAACACAUUUAAUAGAUGAAAUAAAAGCAAAAAAAUAAAAAAAAAAUCUAGUACAUAAAUAAUUUAUAUAGUUGGUAAAAUAAAAUUAAGUAUUUAUUAAUUUAUAUAGAUUUCAAAAAAAUAAAACAGAUCCAGAAUAGGGGCCUUAUAAAACAAUACAAGAAGCAAUAAAUGAAGCUUAAAUAGGUUCAAUAAUAAAAAUAUCUCCAGGUUUAUAUAGUGAUAAUAUAUACAUAAAUAAACCAAAUUUAAUUAUUGAAUCUAAAGAAAAAGUAGGAGAUAUUAUCAUUAUUAUUGAAAACAAACCUGCUAUAAUUGUGGAUUUAGCUCCUAAUUAAUCUUGUAGUAUUUCAAAUAUAAAAUUUAAUCAUAAUGCAAGUAAUUAAGAAGAUAUUUAAAAUGAUAAUUAUUUUAUAUCGAAAAUUAACAAUUACAAAGAUAUAAUGAAAAGUAAUUAAUAUGAAUAUUAGCCUUAAAAUGAAAUUCCUUAUGUUUUUCCUUUAAAUAAACAAAUGAAUACUAUUUUAUAUUUAUAAGGGGGUAUUGCUAAAAUAUAAAAUUGCGUUUUUUCAUUAUCAUAUAUUCAAAAUGAAUUAAUAUAACCUAUACCUGCAAUUGUAGUUUAAGAAUAAGGAAAUUUGUAUCUAAAUAAUGUAGAAAUCAAAGGAAAUAAAACUUAAGAAACUAUAGGUUUUUAUUAUUUUUAUUUUUAUUUAAAAAAAAAUAUAGGAAUUCUAAUAAAUAAAGGAAAUGCUUUUAUUAAACAAUGCAAGAUUCAUGAACAUUAAUUAGGAGGGAUAUAAAUUUUGAGCGAAAAAUAAAAUUUUAUAAAUAUAAAUUAAUCUAAAAUAAAUAAGAAUAACAAAGUAGGAAUAAAUUGUGUUGGAGAAAGCGGAGAUGUAUUAAUAGAAAGAUGCAAAAUCUAAAAUAAUAAUGGACCAGGAAUAAAAGUUGGAUUAGCAAACAAAAGCAUAAUUUAGUUUAAUAAAAUAAAAUCAAACUUAAUAGGAAUAGAAGUUAUAUCUGGUGAACCUUUAAUAAACUAAAAUGAAAUCGAAAGAAAUUAUACUGAUGGAAUUUUAACUAUUUGUUAUAAUUCUAUUAGAUGCGAUGCUUUGAUUAAAAACAAUAAAUGUAUUAAAGAUAAUAAAGAAAAUGGAAUACACUGUAAAGGACGAAAUAAUUAUACAAGAAUUGAGAAUAAUAAAGAAAUAUAAUCAAAUAAAAAGGCUGGAAUUAAAGCAGAUGAAGAAGCCUCUAUUUCUAUUUUUUAAAAUAAUAUAUUAGCAAAUAAAUAAUAGGGAAUCCUACUAGUUGAAAGUAGCUCUUCAUAUAUUAUUAAUAAUGAAAUUAGUAAUAAUAAAAAAGCUAAUAUUGCUUUAGGGGGAUUUAAUUCUGUAAAUACUUAUAUCAUUAAUAAUAUUAUCAAAAAAGGAGAAAGAGAAGGCAUUUUUAUUGUUGAAGGAUCUGAUACGUGGAUUAUGAGAAAUUAAAUUUAUGAAAACUUUGAUGGAAUUAUUUGUUUAAGCUCUUUUUGUGAAUUAAUUGAGAAUUCAAUAUUUGAAAAUAAAUAUAAUGGUAUUAUGCUAAUAAAAGAAAGUAAAUGCUUAAUUAAAAAAAAUGAUAUUCAUGAUAACGGGGGAGUUGGACUUUAUUUUAAAGAUAGAAGUUAUGGAAAAAUUUUUAAAAAUAAAAUAAAUAAAAAUACUAUUUAGAUUGUUAUAGAAAAAAAAAAUAAGAAUCUUUAAAGAAUUACUUUAGAUAAUGUUGUUUCUGGUGAUGUUAGAAUACCUUAAAUGUUUUCUUGUAAUUUGUAUUGA